GUCUGUUUCUUCUCUCCAUGAUAAAAGGCAAAAGCAAAAUCAGAGCUCUCUGAUUCCAGAGAUCAUCUAUCAAAGUCUCCUCUUUUUCCUUUCUUCAAGAUGUCUGUCCUCAAUUCGAUCUUCAAUAGAACCACUUUUGGUACAAGAUGCAAAACUUGCUGUAAUCUGGCUAUCUCACGAAUCAAAUUGUUGCGUAAUAAGAGAGAGGCACAACUCAAACAUAUGCGGAAAGAAAUCUUUGACUAUCUUAGGACUGGCCAAGAAGCUGUUGCUCGAAUUCGAGUGGAGCACAUCAUUCGUGAAGAGAACAUAAUGGCUGCUUAUGAGAUUUUAGAAUUGUUUUGUGAAUUUGUUCUUGCACGUGUUCCUAUUCUUGAAACUCAGAAGGAAUGCCCAAUAGAAUUGCAGGAGGCUAUUGCUAGUAUUAUUUUUGCUUCCCCAAGAUGUUCAGAUUUGCCUGAAUUGUUGCAGAUUCGGAACUUAUUUACUGUAAAAUAUGGGAAGGAAUUCGUUUCAGCUGCUUCUGAAUUACGACCUGAUAGCAAUGUUAAUCGCUUGAUUAUUGAGAAACUUACUGCGAGAGCACCAUCCGCAGAGGUAAAGCUGAAGACGUUGAAGGGUGUAGCUCAAGAGUUUAAUCUAGAUUGGGAUUCAUCCAGCACUGAGGCAGAGUUUACUAAGAAGCACGAAGAUUUGCUGGAUGGAUCCCUGCCUACAGCUCCUCAGGAGCCUGUCAUAAAGAAAAUAUCAGAUAUCUCCGUACCAAAGAACAAUCCUGCUGCUUCACCUCCAGUAACUAAUAGCAGUUCCUUCAGAGGUGAAGACUCAUUGAUGAAUGCAGAUAAUUUGGAGCCAUCUUUCAAACAAAUGGAAAUUACUUCUCAUGACGAGAGAGCAACAACAACAACAAAAAAUCAGAGCUCAUCUGAUGUUAUGGAGAGAGCACGGGCUGCCAUUGCUGCAGCUGAACGGGCUUCUGCUGCUGCUCGUGCAGCUGCUGAGCUGGCAAAAGUUCGAGUGGCUCGCCAGGCAAGCAGUGGUAAAAGUUAAGAAGAUCCUGUAUAGAAAAUCAUAUCAGGAGGUAGAAGGAAUUGACACGUGUCCUCCAGCACAAAUCUUAAAGCUUAAUCCUGGUGGUGAAUAACCAUUCAACAUUUCUUGGGACCGUUCUGUACUGUACAAGGGAAGUUUCCCUUGAAAGAUUGUAUUGUGAUUGUUGUGUGAGGAUGUGUAUAUGUGUGGCUUUAGUAGAGAGUGUAUAAUAACUGAGAUUGCAUUUGCUUCAAAUAAAUGCCUUCCUCAAGUUCCUUUUAUUGGUCACGGGGGAUGAAAUGAGUAAACAUUUGAUAUUUGUAAUAGUAAUACAGAGGAAUAUUCAUUUUAUUUAGUAUUCUAAGCAAUAUGGUGAGCAAAGCGGACCAUGUAAUACGAAGUGCUGACAAUGAUCAGUGGUGUGCCGUGUGAUUCAAAUU